AUGGCCUUCUUACCCACCCCGCCGCUCGCCCUCCGCCCCGUCUCCUCCUUCACCCGCACCCGCACCCGCACCCUCUCCCCCCGCCGCCCCAACCGCCGCCCCCUUCUCACACCCCCGCGCGCCACCGCGGCCGCCACCCCGUCCUCCACCACCGUCACCCCCGCCCCGCUCGAGUCCCAGGCAGAGCUCGCCCCGGAGGUCUCCCCGCCCUUCCGCGGACGAACCGGCAUCCUGCUCGUCAACAUCGGCACCCCAGCCUCGCUCUCCGUUUCGGACGUCCGCGAGUAUCUCCGCCAGUUCCUAGGCGAUCCGCGCGUCGUCGACCUCAACCCCUUCCUCAAAUGGUUCGUCCUCAACCUCUUCAUCCUGCCCAAGCGCCCGGCAGAGUCCGCCGAGGCCUACGCCUCCAUCUGGGACGACGAACGCGGCUCCCCGCUCCUCUUCCACUCGCAGGACUUUGCCGAGAAGCUCGCCGCCCGCCUCGGCGAAAAGUAUGACGUCGCCAUCGGCAUGCAGUACUGUGAGCCCAACGUCUACACCGUCAUGGAAGACUUCCGCGCCAGAGGCGUCGACAGAGUCAUUGUCGUCCCCAUGUACCCGCAGUAUGCCAGCUCCUCCACGGGAGCAGCGAUCGAAAUUGUGUACAAAGCCGCCGCAAAAGUCUACUCCACGCCCUACCUGCACACGGUCCCGGCCUUCUUCGACCAUCCCGCCUACGUCAACUCGUACGCCUCUAUUAUUCGCGACGUCAUUGGCGUCGGGUGCAAAAAAUAUGACCACUUGCUCAUGUCCUUCCACGGCGUCCCGCAACAGCACUGUGAACUUACAGACGAAACCGGCCUGCUGUGCCAAAAACAGGAGAACUGCUGCUCCUCCAUCGUCCAGGCCAACCGCAAUUGCUACCGCGCCCAGAGCUUCGCCUCGGCCCGCCGCAUCGCCGCCGCGUGCGAGAUCCCAGACGGCAAGUACUCCAUCGCCUUCCAGUCGAGGUUGUCGGCUGCGGGGCCCGUCUGGAUCCAACCGUACACCGAUUUUGAACUGGUCAAAUUGGCCAAGGCCGGCGUCAAGAGACUAGCGGUCGUCGUCCCCUCGUUCACAGCCGAUUGCCUGGAGACUCUGGAGGAAAUUGGCAUCCGCGGCAAGGAAGACUUCAUUGAGGCGGGCGGCGAGAGUCUAGACUUGAUCCCAUGUCUCAAUUCCUCCGACGUUUGGACAGAGGGUAUGUUGCAGAUUUUGAAGGACUCUUGCCCGAUGGAAACUUUUGACUGAGGUACAGUACAGUAUACCGUACGCUACGUAUGUAGAGGACCUGCCGAUUUGUUCAAGUGUGCAAAGGUAGAACGAGCGAGGCGGUUCGACUAGUUGGCGAUAAAACUGCUAGAGUCUUUCACGAACAAAAA